AUGGCAGUUGAAUGGCUUAUCGGAAGACAUCCAUAUCUUCAUGACAAUGAGGAAAAGGAGAUACAGCUUAUUGAGGAACAUGCAGUUGACUUUGAUCGCCGGUUUCGAACUGAAUGGAAAAACAUCACACCACAAGGACAAAGGUUCAUAAAGGAGACUACGUGCGUGGAUAAGGAUAAGAGGUUGGAUGUAGAUAAGGCUCUUGGACACGAAUGGUUUACACUGAUAGAAAAGCCUGAUGGAGAAGUCCCAGAACGAUUCCUAAGGAAGACUCACAGAGUGAUCCAAGACCAAGUGAGGCGAGAAGUCAAGAGAAUUAGAUUUAAUAGAAAGAAACGGAAGUUUGAAAUCACUGUCAACUCAACAUCACGUAUUGGCCGGAUGCUGGUACGAGGGAAGCAACAGCGUCAAUCAUCAGGAUCUUCUCAGAGGCAUUCAAAUGCAAGUUCACAUCAUUCUACAAGAAGUACGAGGGUCGGCGAGAAGAAAGGCCCAUCUAGACUGCAAAAAAAGACACGUUAA